GGACUUCAGUUUUUGUCACUUUCGCUUGUAUACCACACAACCACAUCAUGUAUUACUUAGUGCCAGUUUUUCUAAUAUCGUUUCUUCCACUACUAGCCGCAAAAUCGGAAACUGUGGCGGUAGAUUAUUUCGUAACAUUAAUAAACUCAAGACAAACAUUCUGGAAAGCUGCAAGAUCUUCACGUGAAAACACAACUCGAAGAUCUUUAAUGCAUUCAAACAAUCCGGUGAUAUUUUUAAAAGAUGAAGAUACAAAGAUGAAGGCCUGUGACAUUACAGGAAGAAAAAUUCCCGAAACUUUUGAUGCUAGAUUAGAGUGGCCUGCUUGUAGGGCUUCAAUUGAAAGGAUUAACAACCAGGGAAACUGUAGCUCCUGUUGGGCUUUUGCUGCUAUUGGUGUUAUGUCAGACAGACUUUGUAUUCAGACCAAUGGAAAAGAAAAUUUUCGAUUUUCUCCCCAAGAUCUCAUUUCUUGUUGUCAAUACUGUGAUUUUGCUUGCACUGGGGGCAUUGCAUCCCGAUCCUGGCAUUACUACACUCACUUUGGAAUUGAGGGCUGUAAACCAUACCAAGAAUCCGAAUAUUUCUACAACAAGACGACCACAUGCAUAGCAUCCUGUGAAAAUCCAUUUUAUAACGUUUCCUACAAAGACGACAAACAUUUUGGUUCAGAGUACUACAUGGUGAACAAAACACCAGAGUGCAUUCAAGCGGAAAUUAUGGAGAAAGGCCCAGUUCAAGCCUCCAUGGCUGUUUAUGAAGAUUUCAAUUACUACAGAGAUGGUGUAUAUGUCUACACAAUUGGCAAAAAACAAGCUCGACACGCUGUGCGAAUAAUCGGUUGGGGAAAAGAAAGAGGAAUUCCAUACUGGUUGGUCGCAAACUCUUGGGGAUGCCAGUGGGCAAACUUAAAGGGCUUCUUUAAAAUAAGAAGAGGUACCGAUGAAUGUGGUAUUGAGCAACAUGUCAUCGCUGGAAAUCCAAAAUUUGAUUCUGAUGAUAGGGUGCUUGAAAUUUCUAGACACAGUUAUGUUCCAUGGGUGGUAACUUCAGCUGUUCUCAUGUGUUUUGUGUUAAUGACAGUUCUAGUAGGUUUGGUUAUUAUUCUAAAUCAUAAGGCUAAAGAGAUGCUUGUUAAAUAUUUAGUUGAUAAAAACUAAUGAUAGAAGUGAAGUAAAGUUUGCACUUUGUAUACAA